CCUUAGUCGCUAAGCUGCAAUAUUCCGUCAAUUUACCACAACCAAUGUUAUAUUCCAAAACCCAAAAGCUCUAUUGUACCGCCUCACUGCAUUUACGCUUUCAUUCGUUCGUCUUCUUCUUCGUCGUCACACACUCACUUGCUACUUGGAAUCUCUUUCAAAGCACCGAGUCCGUAACAUCCCAUGGCCAACUCUCCCAGUGAAGUUAACGCCGGCGAUUCUCAUGAUCUCCGAACUCUUCUUUCUUCUCCGGCGAGGGAUUUCCUCCUCCGCAACGAUGGCGAGCAGGUGAAACUUGACAGCUUGAAAGGGAAGAAGCUCGGAUUGUAUUUCUCGGCUGCCUGGUGCGGACCAUGCCAGCAUUUCACUCCGCAGUUGACAGAGGUUUACAAUGAACUCUCCCCGAAAGGCGAUUUCGAGAUUGUCUUUGUGUCGGGUGAUGAAGAUGAGGAGUCUUUCAAAGAGUACUUCUCUAAGAUGCCGUGGCUUGCAAUACCUUUUACCGAUUCAGAAACCCGAGAUCGUCUCGAUGAGCUCUUUAAGGUGAGGGGAAUCCCCAAUCUCGUGAUCCUCGAUGAAAACGUUAAAGUUGUGAACACGAAUGGGGUCGGAAUGGUUCGAGGUUACGGAGUUGAAGCUUACCCUUUUACACCGGAGAGAAUGAAAGAGAUCAAAGAAGAAGAAGAGAGAGCUAGGAGGGAGCAAACCUUGAAAUCUGUCUUGGUGACGGGCUCAAGGGACUUUGUGAUUUCACGAGACGGGAACACGGUACCUGUAUCGGAGCUCGAAGGGAAGAUCAUCGGUCUAUACUUCUCGGUUGCCUCGUACAAGCCAUGCACCGAGUUUACGGGUAAGCUUGUAGAGGUUUAUAACAAGCUGAAGGAGAUGGGGGAAAACUUUGAAGUGGUGAUGAUAUCUCUUGAAGACGACGAAGAAUCUUUCAAACAGGACUUUGAAACCAUGCCAUGGCUGUCUUUACCAUUUAACGACAAGAGCUCUUCGAAGCUUGCUCGGCACUUCAUGCUCUCAGGUCUUCCCAUGCUGGUCAUACUCGGGCCUGAUGGGAAAACCCGUCACCCAAACGUGGUUGAAGCUGUUGAAGAAUACGGAGUUGUUGCGUACCCUUUCACCCCGGAGAAGUUUGAAGAGCUCGAGGCCAUUGCGAGGGCAAAGGCUGAGGCUCAGACACUUGAGUCACUUUUGGUCUGGGAUGAUCUCGACUAUGUUCUCGGGAAAGACGGGCUUAAGGUGCGUGUAUCGGAUCUGGUGGGGAAGCACAUUCUGCUGUACUUCUCAGCUCACUGGUGCCCUCCUUGUCGUGGUUUUACGCCAAAACUCGUUGAAGUAUACAAGCAGAUCAAGGCUAGAGACGAGGCAUUUGAGCUGAUCUUCAUCUCCAGUGAUCGGGACCAGGCUUCAUUCGAUGAGUACUACUCAGAAAUGCCGUGGUUGGCUCUCCCCUUUGGUGAUCCGAGAAAACAAUCGCUGGCUCGAACCUUCAAGGUCUCUGGAAUCCCAAUGCUAGUGGCUCUUGGACCAACCGGCAGAACCAUCACAACUGAGGCAAGGGACCUUGUCGGGGCUCAUGGAGCUGAUGCUUAUCCUUUUACGCAGGAGCGUUUGAAAGAGGUCGAGGCCAAGUACGACGAGAUGGCAAAAGGGUGGCCUGAGAAAGUGAAACACGGUCUACAUGAAGAGCAUGAACUCGAGCUUACCCGUGUGAGGACAUACAUGUGCGACAAGUGCGAUGAAGAGGGGCUUAUUUGGUCCUUCCAUUGCGAUGAGUGUGACUUUGAUCUCCAUCCCAAGUGUGCUCUUGGAAAGGAGGAGAAUGAUAACACCGGAGAAGAGGAAGAGGUGAAGAAAGAAGGUGGUGAAGCAAAAGAAGGUUGGAUCUGCGAUGGGAAUGUCUGCAAAAAAGCCUGAUAAUCUACAAUCGAGUAAUAAUGUACCACGUCUUAUCUGUUUGAUACUGGUGUGAGAGUGUUACUAUGGUAGUUUAUAUGUACUCUGUAAUCUAAACAAUAAGAGAACCUCUUAUUGGACCUACUCUUAUAUCAAAAACAUCUUUAGCUUUAACAUAAGAGGCAAGUAGUAAUGAAUGAUGUUUUUCAUGAUA